GGUGCCGUUCUCCUACUCUGUUCAACCAAACUCUCUUGCUGCAAAUUUCACAAAACCCUAAAAGCCUCACCUUUAAACCCCUUCCGUCUCUAUAGUCUAUGCAAUUACUCUCUAUAUGCAAAAAUGUCUGAUUCAAACCCUUCAAAAACCAAAAACAAACAAGACAUAGAUCUCUUAAAAUCAGAUAUAGCCUCUUUUGCUUCCACUUUAGGCCUCUCUUCUUCUUCCGUAGGCUUCAACGACUCUGAUUUCCGCAAAACUGGCCCUCUUAAACCCCACAAAACCUCCAAAAAAUCCAACUCCGAUAAAUCAAAAAACAAUGACAAAACUCAAUUUCAAAAAGACCCGAAAAGCACCCAGAUGCCAAAUACCAAGAAUCACUACCAAAACAAUAAAAAAACUAAUUCUGAGCAAGAACCCAGAAAUAAAAAUGAAACAUUUAGCUCAAAACCAGUGCCAAAGCCACCAGUUCUGUCACUUGAUAGGGGUGGUGUUAGUAAUGAUAAGUUUAAGAAGAUGCCAAAACUGCCCUUAGUGAAAGCUAGCAAUCUUGGGGUGUGGUAUGUGGAUGCUAAAGAGUUGGAGGAGAAAGUGUUGGGUGGUGAAGAGAAGACUGGUAACAAGAGAGUGGUGGAGUUGAAAGAGGUGGAGAAGAAGAGGGAGUUGGGAGAGAGGCUUCUGUGGCAGUAUGUUAGUGAUUAUGAAGGUUCAAGGGGGCAAAAUGGCGACAUUAAAAUGUUGGUGGCAACACAGAGGUCAGGGACUGCAGCUGAUAAAGUUUCUGCCUUUAGUGUUAUGGUUGGGGAUAAUCCUGUGGCCAAUUUGAGGUCACUUGAUGCUCUCUUGGGAAUGGUAUCAUCUAAAGUGGGAAAGAGGCAUGCUUUGACAGGAUUUGAGGCAUUAAAAGAACUGUUUAUUUCAAGUUUAUUACCUGAUCGUAAGCUGAAGACUCUUGUACAGCGGCCAUUAAAUAAUCUCCCUGAGACAAAAGAUGGUUAUUCCCUUUUGCUUUUCUGGUAUUAUGAGGAAUGCCUGAAGCAAAGAUACGAGCGUUUUGUUUUGGCACUAGAGGAAGCGUCUAGAGAUGUAUUACCUGUACUAAAAACCAAGGCAUUGAAGAACAUUUAUGCACUGCUGACAAGCAAAUCAGAGCAAGAGCACAGAUUGCUUUCUGCACUAGUUAAUAAACUGGGAGAUCCCCAAAAUAAAGGUGCAUCCAAUGCUGAUUUUCACUUAUCGAAUCUUCUGUCUGACCACCCAAAUAUGAAGGCUGUGGUGAUAACUGAAGUGGAUACGUUUCUCUUUCGGCCUCAUUUGGGAUUGAGAGCAAAGUACCAUGGUGUUAACUUUUUGAGUCAAAUUCGUCUUAGCCACAAAGGAGAUGGACCAAAGGUGGCAAAACGUUUGAUAGAUGUGUAUUUUGCACUGUUCAAGGUAUUAAUUACUGAGGCCGGUGAUGGUGAAAAGAUGGAUAAGAACACCAAAACAAAGGAUAAACAAUCUUCUACUUUUUCAAAGGAGAACAAAGAAAAAAAUUCAUCAGAAUCUCACAUUGAAUUGGAUUCAAGACUUCUAUCAGCUCUGCUGAUGGGAGUCAACCGAGCAUUUCCUUAUGUUUCAAGUAAUGAGGCUGAUGACAUUAUUGAGGUCCAAACACCAAUGCUCUUCAAACUGGUUCAUUCAAAAAAUUUUAAUGUCGGAGUUCAAGCAUUGAUGCUUCUUGAUAAAAUUUCUUCCAAGAAUCAGAUUGUCAGCGAUCGGUUUUACCGUGCUCUGUACUCAAAACUUCUUCUUCCUGCUGCCAUGAAUUCUUCUAAGGCAGAAAUGUUCAUUGGACUUCUUCUCAGAGCCAUGAAGAAUGAUGUAAAUUUGAAGCGUAUAGCAGCCUUUGCAAAGCGUGUAUUGCAGGUUGCACUUCAACAACCACCUCAAUAUGCUUGUGGAUGCCUGUUCCUCCUCUCUGAAGUUCUUAAAGCAAGGCCCCCGUUGUGGAAUAUGGUGCUGCAGAAUGAGUCAGUUGAUGAAGAAAUUGAACAUUUUGAAGAUAUUGUAGAAGAGACUGAUAAUGAACCUAGUGCUGCAUUGAGGAAAGAAGAAAACAAUGACAAAACUGUUAAUGGCAUUCAUGAUGCCAACUCUGAUGGUGAAUCUUCAGAAGAUGAAGAUGACCAUCCAGCCACCGAUUCUGAAGAUGAUGUUUCAGAUGAAUCAGGGGAAUUUCUAAUCAGAGAUAAUACCAAAAUGGUUCAGAAAUCUGAAACACAGUUUGAUCGUGACACACAGCAACCUCGUCCAUCUAACAAGUCUUCCAUGCCUGGAGGAUAUGAUCCCCGGCACAGAGAACCUUCUUAUUGCAAUGCGGAUCGUGCAAGCUGGUGGGAGCUGAUGGUACUGGCUUCACAUGCUCACCCAUCUGUUGCAACCAUGGCUGGGACACUUCUUUCUGGAGCCAAUAUUGUAUACAAUGGAAACCCAUUAAAUGACCUAACACUUACAGCUUUUCUAGACAAAUUCAUGGAGAAAAAGCCAAAGCAAAGUACAUGGCAUGGUGGUUCCCAAAUUGAACCUGCCAAGAAGCUUGAUAUGAACCACAACUUAAUUGGGCCAGAGAUUCUGUCAUUGGGUGAAAUGGAUGUGUCACCAGAAGAUCUUGUCUUCCACAAAUUUUAUAUGAAUAAAAUGAAUUCUACCAAAAAACCGAAGAAGAAGAAAAAGAAGGGAGCAGAAGAUGAGAUGGCCGACGAGUUGCUUGAUGGGGGUGUUGGUGAUGAUGACAGCGAUAAUGAAGAGAUUGAAAAUAUUUUGGACUCCUCCAAUCCUUCUUUGAAAGCAGAUGGUGAUUAUGAUUACGACGAUUUGGACCAAGUUGCCAAUGAAGAUGAUGAGGACUUGGUUGGUGAUGUUAGUGAUGCAGAGAUCGAUGCCCCCUCUAAUAUUGCUGAGGGAGAAGAUUUUGAUGCUAUUGCUGAUGAUGUUGGUGGUGACGAUGAUGUAGGUGUUGAUAUCGGUGAUGCAGAAGAUGAAAGUGAUGGUGAAGAUGAACUCAAUCAAAGAAAACGAAAACGGAAAAAACGAAAACGGAAGUCUGGUGGGAAGUCUGCAGCCACCCCCUUUGCAAGUCUUGAAGACUAUGAACAUUUGCUGAAUGAGGAUAGUCCCACUGAAACAGAACCCACAGGAAAGAAAAAGUCCAAGUCAAGGAAGAAAAAAAAGUCAUCUAAGUAAGCACUACACACCUCCGGUAAUUGUUCAUUCAUGCAGCCAAAGGUACUUCUACCUGUGCCUGAUCUACGAUCACAAAACAAGAGGAAGAAAUAUAUCAUGGCUGAACUCCUCUGCUGAUGAUUCAACUUAUACCUCCAAUUUUGUUCUCUUUUUCUCUGUAACAUUUUUUAUAGCGAGGAUGGACUACUGCAGCACCACAGUGAAGUUCAAACUUCAAAUGGUGUUUGUACAAUCUCAUUCUUUUUUCCUUUUUCACC